CACAAUCUCGGUCAUUCUGUGCUCUAAGUCAGAAUUAUUUUACUAGUCUCUAUCCUCCAGACUAAGAACAGUUUGACUCGCAAAAGUCGUGAAGGCGACGUAUCGUUGAUGGCAUAAGUCUGGUAAAGGCUAUAUGUCAACAUCCUGCUGAGUGAAACAUGUCACCAAGCAAGAAAAGCAGCUACGCAAGUUUGCCCUUUGAGAGCUCCUGGCGUAUGGUCGAGGGCGGUGAGAACGAUAGUUUCGACACUUCCAUCGUACAAGAUCCCUACGAGGACGAUCUGAUCAUCUCCAGUGGUCCAUCGCAAUCGCAAGGAACCAUCCCAUCUCAGGACUUCAGCAUAGGGUCUCAGGAUAGUAUUCGCGACUUUGCGACGAAUGCAGACGAGGACCAGGUCAUUCUAAGAUCCCCUUUCCAUCCGUCACUAGCAUCAGCCGAUAAAGAACGCACACCAGUGCCUGAGUUCUUUAUGCCCAAGGUGGAAGUUGAAAGCCCGAGAAGGGGCAAUCGCUCAUCAAAAUCAACCAUCCGCCCAAACACGGAUGAGUUACACGCUAUUCGCCGUCGUGGCUAUCGACAGGAGGAAAGUGGAAGUCAUCAGAAGAGAUCUUACGACAAUGGACAGGGGAAUUUAAGGAGGCACGACUCACAUGACUCUCAAUAUCGCACGCCCACGCCGUGGGAGCGAUUUUCGUAUGCAUUACCCGGAGCACUAUUCGAAACUGCAGCUUGGUGUCUAUCAGUGCUUGGCAUGGCUUUGCGCUACGCAAAAUGGCCGCUGGCCAUUCUUCUAGCAGCGUAUCUCACCUUUGGUGCUGGAAUCAUUGCCAGGAACAUGAUCAAGGACUCGAUCACGACAUCUUUAUCACCGGUAUGCCGAAUCCCAGGCGUAUCGUUACUGGAUUUGCCGUUCUGUCCAGACUUGCCGUCAGUUCCUGGAAAGGAGGGCUCGGGUCCGGUUGAGUUUGAUGAACUCAUGAAUGUGCAAGCCGAUUUCGAAAAAGUUCUCGAGACAUCUGCAUCAGGUGUUUCGCUGCCUAUGGAAAUGAAAAGAUCAGAAGCAGCUGUGCGAGAUCUCCGCACUAUCAUCAAAUAUGAGAAGGAUCUCCCCGCACGUGACGAGUUACUUUAUGAAUUCGACGGUUAUAUCGAAUCCAUGCGAGGCAUUUCAAACGACCUUCUAAGCUUCAAUACUCACGUUGGUAGCGCAGUCGAUUCUGUCAUAUCCAUUAACCGCUGGACCUCACGCUACAUUGACUCCAUAUCUGCAGAACGAGCAGCGCACGACAACACACUAUCUCGAGUGACUGAUUGGCUGUUCUCGCCAUUCCAACCCGCUGUUUUCGAUGAGCGCUUGCUUCUCGACAAAUAUGUGGAGCACACGGCACUGGUUUCCGACAAGAUAGCUAACUUGAUCGUCGAGGCUCAAGCUGUGUUACGACAGCUUACGCAAGCCGAGAAUCACCUGCAGCUCAUCAAUGAGCACGUUGUGCGUUCUGGCAACGAAGUCAAGGAGAAGAAAAGCGAAGUCUUCUGGACGCUGUGGACACUUGUCGGGGCUAACAACCGCCGCCUGCACAACUUGCGAGCCCAACUGGGACUCUUGCGAGCGGUCGAAUCGCAGCGGACUUCGGCGGUUGAGCAGCUUGUGGGGUUGGUGCAUGAUCUGGGAGACAUCCAGACGAAGCUGAGCGAUUUGAGAGAUCGCGUUGCAGCGCCCGAGCUGCUAGCCGACCAGGCGAGCAUUCCAUUGAGCGUGCACAUCGAGACAAUCAACGCAGGUGUCGAGAGGUUAGAAUCUGCAAGAAGCAGGAUCAGAGCCGAGGAGAAUGAUCGAAUACAACAGGCUUUAGCAAGAGCUAGGGACGACAAUCAUUUGAUUGACGCUCCCAAAUAGUAAAGCGUAAGGUUUUUCGUAUCGUCUUCCAGGGACUCGAACUCAUGACUUUGGCAUUGGAGUUUUGGCGUGCCGUGUUUGAGGGGUUGAAAUUAUGGAGAUGGAGAGAAUUAUUGAUGGCAAGACCGGUCCGUUCGCUGUCCGUAGAGAACCAUAAAGCUGCACUGGAUUGAUUUAACAUUUGGGACCAAACUGCUGCGCUCUCAUCUUGGUCAAUAAGCAGGGGCAAAAGAUCCGACCAGAAAGUGAAACAGAUGGUCUAGUCUAAUGCACUG